CUCUACCUCUGUACAAGACCAAAAUUUCAACACAGCAACCAAGACCAGCAAACAAAACCUCUUUUAAAAUUUUGGAGAGCAAGCAAGCACAAGUCAUAUCAUGGUCCGUACUCUGCAGCAAGUCACUGUCUUCCCCAUUAAUGCCCCUCAUUAAAUUUCACCCUGUCUUUCUGAGUUGAGAGAAUCCCACCAUUACUGCUCUGUUUUCUCUCUCUUACCAGUUGAGUGUAAAUGCAAACCUCAAAAAUGAGAAAUCCCCACCAUUAAAGUCUUUCCUGCAUUGUUUAGGGCCCAAGUCUUACUCUUCAAUGAUGAUUCAAUUUUCCUUUCCUUUCCUUUCCUCCUUUCUUUCUCUCUGAACCAAACCCCAACACAUUUAUUGCAAGAGACAGCUUGAAACCAGCUACAGAGAGAGAGAGAGAGAGAGAGAGAGAGCUUUGUACCCUUUCAUUUCCAUUGGGAUUUCAGACAAGCCCACAUCCAUUAUUUGUAUCACUGUUCUUUUGGCUUCAGAUAGACAUCACAUUCCAGCAUUUAAUACCCAAAACUUUAGAACUAAAGACUGGGGCUAUAAAGGGUUUUGCUUGGGGUGUUCUUUAAUUGUUGGGGCUGGGGGGUUUGGUAGUGGUGGGUUUGUGUUUGUGUUUGUGUUGGUGGUGGUUGUGAUUUCCCUCUCUUUCUCUCUCUUAUCUGUUUGGAAUUAAAACCAAGAGAGAUGGGAAGAACUCCAUGUUGUGACAAGAAGGGGCUGAAGAGAGGUCCAUGGACACCUGAUGAGGAUGAGAUUCUUGUCCAUUACAUCAACAAGAAUAAGGGACAUGGCAGCUGGAGAACUCUCCCACAUCAUGCAGGUCUUCUUCGUUGUGGAAAGAGUUGCCGGCUCAGGUGGACAAAUUAUCUGAGACCAGACAUUAAGCGAGGCCCUUUCACUGACGAAGAAGAGAAGCUUAUCAUUCAGCUCCAUGGCAUGCUUGGAAACAGGUGGGCUGCUAUAGCUUCUCAGUUACCUGGACGAACUGACAAUGAGAUCAAGAACUUAUGGAACACGCACCUGAGGAAGCGCCUUAUCCGCAUGGGGGUCAAUCCACAAAGUCACGAGCCCUUUACCUCUGAUGGUUCAACUUCCAAAGCAUCAACUUCCAUCGCGACACGCCACAUGGCACAAUGGGAGAGUGCUAGGCUUGAAGCUGAGGCUAGGCUGUCACGGGAGUCAUCAAACUUCAGUACCCCACUUCUGGAUAAAUCUGAUUCGGACUACUUUCUGCGCUUAUGGUACUCCGAAGUUGGGGAGUCAUUCAGAAAGUUCCCCACAGCAGGUAAAACUCCGUCUGAUAGCCCCAUCUCUGAGGCAUCUUCUUCAGGGAAGUGUGGAUCAAUCUCGGCUGUGACAACAGAAAUUGGCCAUUGCUUAAUGGGGUCAUCGACCAUGGCAGGCAAUCAAGAUGAAGAUAUAGAAUACAAGGUUUUCAAGUCCAUUACUGGUGAAGAUAUGGUCUACAGGAUUUACAAGUCCAACACUGAAAAUGUGACACGUGGUUCUGACUCUUCAAGCUCCAACAAAUUAGAUGACUCGUCAGAAUCUGCAAUGGAUUUGCUGCUGGAUUACCCCAUUAACAAUGACAUGAGCUUCUUAGAAGACAAUAUGAAUGACUAUGCAACAAGCACUUCUACCAAGUUAGAAAAUGCUUUCAUUUGCCCUCUCUGAAUCGAAGCAGGCCUCGGAGCUUCUUUUGUAUCUGAAUCUGCCGCUUAAGUUUUGCUAUAUGGUAGCUGCUUCCUAUAUUAGCUUUCAAAUUAGUGAGAGCAAAGAUGAAGGGUCCUGUUCCAAAUUUUUGGCCCACUGUGAGGCAGUGCUGCUACCACUUGGUAGGAUUUCCUUAACAAAGUAUGUUAGGAUUUCCUUAACAAAGUAUGUUAGGAUUCUGUAUGUAUAGUAGUUACAGAUUCCACAAUCGUUUUCAGACAUCUUAUAUAACUUAGAUGCUAUCAAGUACUAAUAUUUUCCAGUU